AGAAGCCCUCGCCUGUGUGUGAGUUGACAGAUUUGGAUUACAGGCUGAAGCCGAUUUGGUCUCUAUUGGGACGUGUCAAUGCAGCUAGCAUCUGUAUUAUCAGCACAAGCCCCAGAGGAAAGCUCGUGUGAUCUGAGAGAUUCCCUGACACACCGGUCCGGUCACACUGCAUUCUCCAACCAGGCUUUUGUAAGGAGAGCGGCAGCCCCAGAGAGCUCCCUCUGACACUCAGCUAGGAGGCUCCUGCAAGAAGACUGCCAUUUUGUUGGAGAGGGUGAGGGAGACGCAGAUUGGGAAGAACUCAAGGUGGUCCCCUUCUGCCUGCGAUGAAGCUGGAUGAUAUGGCUAAUGGUGAGCACCGAUUGACAAGGCUGUAACAGAGGAUCAAUGGGCUGUCACUCCUAAAGGAGGCGCUAUGCCGGAGGCAUUUCAGGAUUGCAGGCUGGGAUCACUGAUGCAGAUCAAGAUCACAGGGAAGAGAAUGUUUGGUGAUUUUUGCAUCUGAUUUUCGACAUUAAAUCCUGAGGGAGGAAUCGAUGAGAUCUCUCAGACGGUGGUGACGAUGAGCUACGUCAAGUCCCAUCGCUUGGUCACUCGACAUCAAUCCUCCAUUUCCCGCCUCGCUGAGGACUUCUUCUGGAUUGGAGGCAGCAUUGUGACACCGGCCACGUGGAGGUUGGGACAGUUUGUGGAACGAUGUAUGAGUUUGAUGCAGUCCGGGACCCAGAUGGUGAAGCUGAGAGGAAGCUCGAAGGGUCUGGUUCGAUUCUACUAUCUGGAUGAACACAAGACCUGUAUCAGGUGGCGACCAUCCAGGAAAAAUGAGAAAGCCAAAAUUUCAAUCGAUGCCAUUCGAGAAGUGUGCGAGGGGAAGCAAUCAGAGAUCUUCCAGCGUUACCCAGAAGGGAGCUUCGACCCAAACUGCUGCUUCAGUAUUUACUAUGGGGACCACAUGGAAUCUCUUGAUCUGGUUUCAUCAAAUGGUGAGGAGGCCCGAACGUGGAUCACAGGCCUCAAGUACUUAAUGGCAGGGAUCAGUGAUGAAGACAGCCUUUCGAAACGGCAGAGGACACGUGACCAAUGGCUAAAGCAGACAUUUGCUGAAGCAGAUAAGAAUGGGGACGGCUGCCUGAGUGUUGGUGAGGUCCUGCAGCUGAUGCAUAAGCUCAAUGUUAAUCUGCCACGCCAGAAAGUCAAGCAGAUGUUCAAGGAGGCAGACACAGAUGAGAACCAAGGGACAUUGGACUUUGAAGAGUUUUGUGCUUUUUAUAAGAUGAUGUCCACACGGCGGGACCUCUACCUUUUGAUGCUGAUGUACAGUAAUCACAAAGACCAAUUGGAUUCUGAUGACCUGAAGAGAUUUCUGGAGGUGGAGCAGAAGAUGACCAAUGUUACAAAGGAACAUUGCCUGGAGAUCAUUGAUAAAUUUGAGCCAUGCCCAGAGAACAGGAAGCAAGGGGUCCUUGGGAUUGAUGGUUUCACAAACUACAUGAGAAGUCCAGCAGGUGAUAUCUUUAACCCUGAACAUUACAAAGUGAGCCAGGAUAUGACACAGCCUAUGUGUAACUACUACAUUGCCUCCUCUCACAACACCUACCUGAUGGGGGACCAACUAAUGUCACAGUCCCGAGUGGACAUGUAUGCUUGGGUACUACAGACGGGAUGUCGCUGUGUUGAAGUUGACUGUUGGGAUGGACCAGAUGGAGAGCCCAUUGUUCACCAUGGUUACACACUCACCUCCAAGAUCCUGUUCCGAGAUGUGAUUGAAACUAUCAACAAGUACGCCUUUGCAAAGUCUGAAUAUCCAGUUAUUCUCUCCAUUGAAAACCACUGCAGCGUCCCCCAGCAGAAGAAGAUGGCUCAGUACCUAUGCGAGAUCUUAGGUGAUAAACUUGAUGUGUCUUCAGUGCAUGUGGAUGAUGUGACUCAACUUCCUUCACCUGAUAGCCUGAAGGGCAAGAUUCUUGUAAAGGGAAAGAAACUCCCUGCAAAUAUCAGUGAUGAUGCAGAAGAAGGUGAGGUGUCGGAUGAAGAUAGUGCCGAUGAAAUCGAGGAUGACUGCAAGUUGAUGAAUGGAGAUUGGAAGGCGGUGGCCAACAGGAAACAUGUGGAGAGUGUGGCUAAGAAGAAGCUCGAUUCACUGCUAAAGGAAUCGAAAAUCAGAGACCGGGAAGAUCCUGACAGCUUCAGCGUAAAUGCCAUCCCCCAAGCAGGGAAACUGUGUCAGAAGUCGGACUCAAAGAAGCAGAAAUGCAGGGACGUCCACAUUCUCACCCCUGGGUCCACGUCUGCAGUGGAAAAGUCUGUGAGUAAAGCUGAAGAUGGGACUGAUUCUGGAGAAGAUCUGACAACUAACAAGAGGCAUAGCCGGUCUUUCAUUGGCAGCUUCUCCAAGCGUAAGAAAAAGACAGUGAAGAUGAAGAAGUCAUCGAGCUUAGAAGAUGAUGAGGAAGAUCACGACCAUCAAGCAUCUGCUUGUAGAUCAACAGUGCAUGUGAUGAGAAGUAGCAGGCAGAAGAAGACCAUGAAACUGUCCCGGGCCCUCUCCGAUCUGGUCAAGUAUACGAAGUCGGUCGGCAUGUAUGAUAUUGACUCUGAAGUGUCGUGCAGUUGGCAGGUCUCUUCGUACAGUGAAACGAAAACCCAUCAGCUCCUUCAGCAAAAGCCGCAGCAGUUUGUCCGUAUGAACCAGCAGCAGCUCUCUCGCAUCUACCCAUCCUCCUACAGAGUGGACUCCAGUAACUUCAAUCCUCAACCCUUCUGGAAUGCUGGCUGCCAGUUAGUUGCACUUAACUACCAGUCUGAAGGAAGAGUUCUGCAACUAAACAGGGCCAAGUUUAGCUCCAAUGGAAGCUGUGGUUAUGUCCUUAAACCCAAGUGCAUGACUCAAGGUAACUUUAACCCAACAGCAGAAGACUUACUCUCUGGACAGCCAAAGAAACAGCUCGUGUUGAGGAUCAUCAGUGGCCAACAGCUUCCAAAACCCAAAGACUCUAUGCUGGGCGACAGGGGAGAGAUCAUUGACCCUUUUGUGGAGGUUGAAAUAAUCGGUCUGGCUGUCGACUGCUUUAAAGAGCAGACCAGGGUGGUAGAUGACAAUGGGUUUAACCCGAUGUGGGAGGAAACACUAGUGUUCACUCUGAAUAUGCCUGAACUUGCUCUUGUCCGCUUCCUUGUCUGGGACCAUGAUCCAAUUGGCCGGGAUUUUAUUGGUCAAAGGACUUUGGCAUUCACCAGCAUGAUGCCUGGUUAUCGGCAUGUGUAUCUGGAGGGGAUGGAGGAGGCUUCCAUCUUUGUUCAUGUAGUUAUCAAUGACAUCAGUGGUAAGAUCAAGCAAGUCAUGGGGUUAAAGGGCCUUUUCCACAGAAAUCCAAAGCAGGCUUCACUCGACAGUCAUGUUGCUGGACUGCUCACUCGCAAACCCUCUUUUAGCAGCCAGAUCCUCCGCAGGACAGCCAGUGCCCCCACCAAAGGGCAACCGAAGAGCAAAAAGGGCUUUCCUCAAAUCGUUCUAGAUACCAAAGACUACAGUUCAGAGGGAGCGAGUGAGUCUGAUGAUACAUCCCAGCCUCGGUUUGAGCAGGAUGCUGGAUGUGCUGAGACUGCUCUGGAAGGUGCUGACAAGGCUGGCACCGAUGGGGAAGUGCAGACAGAGGCCUUUAAAGGUGUCCAGCCGUUCUCACAUCCAGUUCCAAGCAUUCCCAUGCACACUCUUGAAACUAUUACUGAAGAAUCUAUGCAUUUGGAGGAUAGAACUUGCACUGAUUCCCAGCAGAUGCCCCCAUCUAUUGUGAGCAGUUCCGGAGAAGAAACCACCAACUCAGAAGAAAGCUUAGUUCUUGAAAGCAGCCCGCCAUCACUAAAACAGAUGAAGAUAAUAACCAAUAAUAACCGAGCAAUAAAGACCCCAGAGGUGUCUUGUAGUGAGGAACAAUUGGAAAAUGGAUCUGAUUGCCUGGGCAAGGAUCUCCUCAAAGGAGGCAACAUUUGUCUUGCAUUAAAUCUCCAUGAAGAUUCUCAGGAUGAUGAUGGAGCUUCCCAGUUUUCAGAUGGUAAUGCAAGUUCAUGCACUUCCAUUGAUCACUCCGAAACCACAAUGAGCUCUUCUCAAAGCCCAAAAGAUCCCUCAUUGGCAUCAGAUGGCCAAGGCAAAGAAAAAGCUGGAAUCCUCAGUGACCACCCGUCCCAACUUGAUGUUUUACCUACUGGAUGUUCAUCCAGUAAUUCUGUUCAGGAAAUGUCUGGUGAGAGAUCGGACAGCACAGAGCUAGCUGAAUCUCAGAAAUGUCCUACGUUUGAUUUAUUCCCCAGUUCUCCAUCACAAGCUGCUCCAAAUGGAUGUGACAAAAAUGCCCCAGGUUGUCUCGUUCGGAUAAACGUUCACCCUGAUAUCGCACGAAGCACUAGUUGUGAUGGACGUCUCAUUCAAAGUCAACAGACAUUCGUGGUGACUCCUAUCCAAUUGUGCACCUCUCCUGUGCCUGUGGUGUCAUCAGAUGUUACCAUUAAUGAUAGAAUUUGGUGUAAAUUGGAUUCUGGGAACCACAGAGAUAGCAUGUCCUCGUCAUCCAGUAUGUCAUCAAAUGACACCGUCAUUGACUUAUCAUUACCCAAUUUGGCCCGAAAGAGUCUGUCUGAUCUGAGCAGCAGGCAGAGUGAAACUUUGGAAGGGCUUGUAAUAGAUAAGCGAGUAAGGCCUCGAUCAGCCACAACCAGUCAUGAAAUACUCACCCAAGUUAGCAAAAGUAAAUCUAACCCUAAUUUAAGAUCUGACGGUGACCAGCAGCAAAUUGAUGACCUUCAACCAAAGCCCUUGGGUAAAUCAUUGCCAACUCCCUGCCAGCCAAGCUCUAGGCGACACACCUGGAGUAGGUUAUAUAUGGAAAGCCUCAAACAGUCUUCCCCAACUCUCAAAUCAAUAACGCAAAGCAAAAAGGUAGCAGACAGUCCAAGUAAAUCAAAGAGCCUGGGAGACCUAACUUCUGACGAUAUUGUGCCCAGCUUUGACAGCAAGUACAAGAGCAUUAGUCGGACCUUUAUCACACGGCCCAUGCGUGAGCAGCGCAGGGCAGCUGGCAUGAAGAGAUUCGACCAGGACAAUUUGACGGAGCAGCUGAAGAGGAUCACAAGCUUCGAACGGGAAAACGAUAUCACUUCUCCCACCGCUGGCCAACCUCCAGAAACGGAGGACUCCAGCCCAGUUGUCCUGCGCAGAUCUUCAUCGAGGAGCCAGAGCCGGGUGCGGUACAUUGCCAACCGGGCGAAGCAGGCACAGGAACGGCUGCGGCUGCAGAACCUGGGGCAGGGCAACCCGCCCAGCAUGCUGGAAGAGAGGGGCAACCCAGAGGGGGCCUGCUGUGAUGCCAAGAGCAUUUGCACAGAUGUGGCUCUGCCCUAUCCAGACCCAAAUGAAGUCAAGGUCCCAAAAACUGCUGACAACGAGGCUGCGGUCUUCUUCAUGCUAAAACUUUAAGAGCUGUUGCAAAGAGAACUUACUGAGUUCAAAUAAUUCGAAACGCAUCAGCAGACUUCAAGAAAGAUCGUGUGAUGUUUUCACUGCAAGAGCGGCGCUGAGAGGCAACAACAUUGGGAUUGGGUCCAACUUUUAAAAAGCUGGAAUUUGUGCUUUUUUUUAUGUUGCACUUCUGGUGUGCCAUAUUUUGCACAAAUAUUGCAGUUUGCACUGGAAUUUGUAAUUUUUUACAAUGCAGGUGCAAAUUGGUGCAGAAAAAAAGCGCUAAGGAUUGCACUAAAAAGGGAAAGGAGAGCGAGAUCUAGUGAAAGACAGAAAAUAAAUUCAGCUCUUAAGAGCUGGCGAACAACUACGUCUUCCUCCUAUCAGUGGGGAUGUGAAAUGUGUGGCAAUGGUGUGUAUUAUCUAAUGCUACUCAUUUUGAGUCAGACAUCAGGCAAAGACGUCUUCAGUUCCUAGGCAUUACCAUUGUAUCUUAGCCCCUAUCUGAAUACAUAUUCACAGCGUGAUACAACUGCCUGAAUUAUUUUUUAAAACUAUGUAUGUGCUUGUGUAAAGAUAAAACUGCACGAUAAUGUUGUUUUUAUUUAAAAUACAAUACCAUUAGAUUGUUUUAAAAUGAAUAUCACCAAAAGAGAAAGAAAAGGCUGCUGUGUAUUUAAUAAAUGUGCAGCAAUGUGUAUGUCCAAUUUUUCUUUAAAGUGUUGCAUGUAUUUUAAUUGUGAUUUUAAUACACAACCAUGGCUGGCUUACAAAGUGUAGAUUUAUAUUCCACGACCAACCCCAUGCACAAAGUGUAACCAGGGCAGCUGCUCCAGAUGUGAUGAUUGUUGUUUUAACCCUUUUCGAGGACAGUUGUAAUGAGGUUCUCAGGAGGUGCAACGCUCCGAUUCAUGUUAGGUGGUUUGAAGCCAGCUGGAGGCCUAUUGGGAUAAAGGCUCCUUCUGCCUAUCCAGAGAAAGUUGUCCAAGGAUCUAACUCUGGCCUGUGUUAGGUUAACUGAUGUCAAAAUGAUGUGCAAGUUGGAGCGAAGAAAUUGGUCUUCUCAACUCUAGAUAGGAAAACAACCCUUGAUCACCAUCCAUUGCAGUGAGUUUGUAAGUGCCUAGGGGUGGACAGUUUGGAAGAAAGUUCCAGAUUUCCACUACCUUUCGUGUGAAGAAGUGUUUACCAUCAUGAAACGUCAAUGGCUUGGCAUUAGGUUUCAUGUUUUACCCUCUUGUUCUGGGCUCAGCGAUCCAUUUGUAAAUAGUUUCUCUCCAUCCACCCACUUUUAUCCUUGAAUCAUUUCAAACACCUUGACCAGAUCUACCUUUACUCAAGGGAAUACAAGCUUAAACUAAGCUGCGAACCACUAGGGAAGGACAUAUGAACAGAUGAUAGGAUGACAAACCAAAAAGAAUGAUAUGCUCAUAAAGGAAUCAAUGAAAACACCUUCCUCUGAUCUUCUGUAAACACUGUCAUAAGUUUAUCAUUAGAAUGAGGAAGUGUAAUGGAGAUGGGAUAUACUCAAUUACCUGGGGUCACUGUCAUUAUUGCCAGUUUGUAAGUUGUCUUGUCAAGUGUCAAACAUCCAAUUGCCCCUUAGAAACUGAAUGGCUUGUCGGGGUAGGGACUUUGUCGAGGGAAACCCCCCUUGCAGUCCUGAUUCAGAACUGAGGCCCAGUGGAGUCUGUGCAAACUGAAACCUUUGGUAAGUUGCACAAUAUGAGGAGAGUGGUGUUGUUGACUUAGCAAAGCAAUUAAUUAAUGUUCAACAGAACUCAACCUUGACAUGACAAAAACCUUCUGACAGAGAACAUUAGCAUUCUGAGAACCACAGAAUUAUUAGCAUGGGGAAGGAGGCCUUUUGGCUCAUUGUAUCUUCAGCAGCUUUCCAAAUUAACAAUCUACUUUGUGCCAUUCUCGCACCUUCUUGUACCACUUCAUGCUCUUCCUUUACAAACUAAUUCACAUACAAAGACUUCGCCGGAACCUGUUUCUGACAUACUGUUAGGCAGUGCAUUCCCCACUACACCACCCACUGCAUGAAAAAAGUAUGUCUCAUGUCAUUUUGCUUCUUUCAUUAAUUACUUUAAAUCUCUGCCCUUUAUUCCUUGAUCCUUUACAAAUGGGAACAGUUUCUCACUAUCUGUCCAUGAUUUUGAAUAUCUUUAUUGCAUCUCCUCUCGGUAUGCUUUUCUCCAAGAUCAGUGCAAAUUUCUCCAACCCACCUUCCUAACUGAAAUUCCCCACUCUGGGACCAUUCUUGAGAAUCUUUUCUGCACUCCCUCUAAUGUCUUCACAUCAUUCCUAAAGCAUGAUGCAGUUCUCCAGCUGGGGUUGAGCUAGUGUCCUCUACAGAUUCAGCAUAACUUCAAAAAGCAGAAUACUGUGGAUUCUGGUAAUUCAAAACAAAAGACAGAAAAUUCUGGAAAAACUCAGCAGGCCAGAAAAUGUCUACGUAGACAGAGCAACAGUAAAUCUCUCAGGCCUUAUCAGUUUGAUUUUAGUUUCAACAUAAACUCCGUGCUCUUGAAUUCUAAUCUUUUCUGUCUUUCUGUAUUGUUGAUGCCAUUUCAGUCUCUCAAGCAUGGCUAUGCAUAAAGAAUUAGGAUCCCAAUACAUUCUCCUUCUGUUAGUGCAGUUACAUCAUUUCAAUAGUAUAUUCCUCACUUACCUGCUUUACUCAUUGGUCAAGGUGGCAACAACAGUUACAAAUAUUUAUAUAGUACCUUUAACAUAGAAUCAUCCCAAGCAUUUGGCACUGAUCCACCAAAGGAAAUAAAACCAAUCUUUUUUUAAGGACCAGCUUAAAGGAUGUUCAGGAAAGAAAUUUCAGAGCUGAGGAUCAAAAAGCCUGAAGUCAUAUGCACAAAUUGUGAAGUGAUUAAAAACUGGGGAUCUCAAGAUAGCCAGUUUUGGGGGAACACAGAGAGCUCGGAGGGUUAUGAGGCUGGACAGCAUCACAGGAAAGAAGAGGAAAGCAGAAGCAUACCUCAGAAAAGGAGGAAAAUUAAACAAGAUAACUUGAUGUGAUGACAGUUAUAUGGACUGCAGAGUACAAUUCUUCCCAAUGUUUCUAGAUUGGUGUUUAUGCCCCAUGGUGCCUCCUCCCAUUUUGCUUUAUCUCACCCUAUUUGUAAAUCCUUCUAUUCAUUCACUUCCUGUCUCUGUCAUAUUUGUUUCACACUCCUUGUGGUGGCAAACUCCACAGUCUAAUUUCUAUGUACAGAGUCUUCCAAAUUACUUAUUGCAUUUGCUCUUAUAUUUGUCACCUCCAGAUGGAGUAUUCCCACAAGUGGAAUCAUCUUCCAUAAAUCCCUAUAAACUGUGUCUGUUGGAACUCACCAUAAUCUAUCAGGUCUCUCCCCAUACUUUCAGCCCCAACAGUUUGGUCAACCUUCCCAGCUAAUCAUAACUGCUCGAUUCUGCUAUCCUUCUCAGUGUCAAUGCCGUGGCUCAGUUGGUAGGAAAGAAUUAGACUCUGUAUUAAUUGUUGACAUCAUCUCAUUGCCCAAAGAUUGCUCAGGUAUCCAGAGGAAUUAUGAAGAUCCUACCCUUCCCAUUACACUGGUUGUAAACCUCUGAACUUUAGUGAAAGUUGAACUUCACAGUUCAAUGAGGAUUGAUUUAAUUUGGUUUGGAAAGACCAAGUCUAACUGUAGGCAUUAAAGAAUUAAAUCAUUCAUUCAUUCAUUCAUAAUUGUCUUCAUGCACUAAUUCCAAGAAUGUUUCCAUCUUUGAUUUUGUAAAUUUUAUUUUGCAACAUUGUACCUUACAGAUUGAUCACUGGUUGCACUAUCCCUUGCAUGAUGUAUUGUUUCAACCAGAGAUGUUCUAGAUAGUGUUAAUAUUCAAAAUGCAGAAGAGCCUAAUUUUAGGACUGAAAUGCAUACUGGGAGCAUUUUUAAUUUUGGUUCUUUUGUUUUAAAUGUCUGAUUAAAAAGUAAUAAUUGAAUGUUUCAGGUUAUGAAAUGAGAAUGUCUUGUUUCCAGAUAUCUUGGAUGUAAUAUUUCACUUGACGCACAGUAUCUUCCAUGUACAUUACUGAGAGUCAUGAAUGUGAUAUGUCCACAUGGCAAAAAAAGUACAGAAUAAAAAUAUGUAUCUUCCUACCACUUUGAUAAUCCUGCAGCAGCUAUCUGCGAUUUUAAACACUAUUUGUAAUUAAACUAUUGUAUCAAUCAAAUAAAAUGCAAUGAAGUUUGCUGUAAUUG